UCCCGCGACGGCGCGAACCUGGCGCCAACCCCGGGCCUGGCUCCUCCACCGUCAACCCUCUCCUGCCUCCAUCUUCCGAGGUUGCGUUUCUAAAAGCGAGGCCUGGAACCGGCCCAGGCCUUCUACCCUCCUGUUCCGACUUCGGCCGCUCCCCUACCGUGCCCCCGCACCUCUCGCCCCCAGCCCCUGCCCCUCUGUCGCCUCCAGGGUCGUCGGGGGUCAGAGUGGGAAACCCCCUCGGGAAACCCCCGGGGAGCAGCUGGAAGAGGGGAAGCGGGGUCGCGGGGUCGCGGGGAGGCGGGAAGGAGCCCGGGACGCCACUAUUUAAGCCACCGCCCCCACGGGCAAGGGACAGAGCCUGGCCGAGCAUGGAACGGGGCCGCGCCCUCCUGCUUCCCCUCCUUCUGGGGCUGCUCCAGCCGGGCCGCGGUGGGCUGCUGGAAGUGGAUCCACCUGAGAGCCAGGUGGCGAUGGCCGUGGGCGAGUCGCGAAACUUCACCUGCCGCAUGACCUGCGCAGACGGCAGGGCGGCCUCGGUGGUGUGGCGGGGCCUGGACACCAGUCUGGGCGCCGUGCAGUCCGGCGCGGGCCUCAGCAUCCUGUACGUGCUCAACGCCUCGCUGUCUGCGGCGGGGACCCGCGUGUGCGUCGGCUCCUGUGGGGACGUGAACCUCCAGCACCGGGUGCGGCUCCUGGUGUUUGCCUUCCCUGACCAGCUGACUGUAUCCCCUGAGGCCGUUGUGCCAGGGAGGGACCAGGAGGUGGCCUGCACGGCCCACAACGUCACACCUGCUGGCCCUGACACCCUCUCCAUGUCCCUGCUCCUGGGGGAUCGGGAACUGGAGGGAGUGGAAGCCCUCCCGAACAUAACUGAGGAGCCCCAGGAAGGCGAGGACUCGCUGUUCCAAGUGACCCAGCGCUGGCUGCUGCCCACCUCAGAGACCUCCAGCCUGCGCACCCUCCAUUGCCAGGUGACCAUGAGGCUGCCCGGCCUGGAGCUGACCCGCCACCGGACCAUUCCAGUCCUGCAGGGCCUGACCUCCCCGGAGCCCCCGAGCAUCACCUCCUCAGAGCCGCCCACCAUGACCCCCGCAAAGCCCAGCAUCACUGCGUCCCCGGAGCCCACUGAUACAACCACCCCAGAGCCCUUUGUCAUGAAGCCCCCGAAGCCUCCCAUCACCACCUCCCCCGAGCUGGCCUCUACCUGCAGCCCCACGAGUCCUGGCCCCGCAAGUCCUGGCGCCGCGUCCAGAAACAGCUCCCCCAGGCCGUGCCUCCCGGAGAUCCACCAGUCGUCAGCAUCAGGGGCUUUAGAGCUGCUGUGCGAGGUGCCCUGUGGUCCCAGCAUGGCUGUGCACUGGACCCAGGCCCCUGGCGGGCUGGAGGCCUACGAGAUGCGGGAGGCGGGGGCCCAAGCUUGGCUGAGCAGCAGGAGCACGCUGUGGUCCGGGUGCCAUCCUGAGGGCUGGUUCCAGUGUCGCCUGGACCCUGGGGGCCACACAGCCAACCUGUAUGUGGUCCCGGAAAUCUGCUCCCCGACGAUGUCAGCUGCCCUGUGGACCAGCAGCUUGGCGCUGGGGCUCCUUCUCCUGGUGUUCCUCACCUACCACCUGUGGAAACGCUGCCAGCCCACAAGCCAAUGACCUGGGCCUCACACCCCCACCCCGCGUAGACCAUACAAAAGGAGACUUUCCUUCUACUCGGUUGUGACUAGAGGACAUGGGCAGCAUUCUGGACAGCAGGCGGUGACCGUGGGCUCCCUACCCUGAUGGCCGGCACAUCCAGACUCCCCAACUGGCUGGGUGUCCCUUCCGUGGGCCCCUGGGGAGCCGACCCUCCAUGGUGCAGAGCUGGAAAAUAAAGAGCAUCUAGUCUGA